AAUUUGCACAUAGAGAGGGAUGAUGAUAAACAUGGAAAGAAUUCAUGCGGUGGAGAGCAGCCCAUCCUAAUCGGAUGUGGUUUUGAGUUUUCACCAUCAUCUUUGAUAUUUUUGCUACAGUACCCCAACCGCCAAUGGUUCACUUUCUUACAAGUUUGUCUAGUACUACCACUACUCCCUGCACUUGUUUCCCUUUACAUUUGUCUUGAGCCCACAAGUUUUCAAUAAACUGUACCGAUCCAUAGCAGGAUUCCUGAAAGGGAGUUGUUAGAAAUCAAUGGCGGAGGUGACUAAUGUGAGCGAGUAUGAGGCUAUUGCCAGGGAAAAAUUGCCCAAGAUGGUCUAUGACUACUAUGCAUCAGGUGCAGAGGACCAGUGGACUCUGGCUGAGAACACACGUGCAUUUUCAAGAAUCUUGUUUAGGCCCAGGAUUCUAAUAGAUGUGAGCAAGAUUGACAUGACUGCCAAUGUGUUAGGGUUCAAGAUUUCAAUGCCAAUCAUGAUUGCCCCCACUGCUAUGCAGAAAAUGGCUCAUCCUCAUGGAGAAUGCGCGACAGCUAGAGCCGCAUCAGCAGCCGGAACAAUCAUGAUAUUGUCGUCAUGGUCCACUUCCAGUGUAGAAGAAGUUGCUUCAACGGGGCCGGGGAUCAGAUUCUUCCAGCUUUCUGUCUACAAGGAUAGGCAUGUUGUGGAACGGCUUGUAAGGAGAGUUGAACGGGCGGGGUUCAAGGCCAUAGCUCUCACUGUGGAUGCCCAGAGAUUGGGACGUAGAGAAAGUGAUAUCAAGAACAGGUUUACUUUGCCACCGCAUUUGACAUUGAAGAACUUCGAGGGUUUGGAGCUUGGCAAGAUGGACAAAGUUGAGAACUCUGGAUUGGCUUCAUAUGUUGCGGGUCAAAUUGAUCGUACUUUGAGUUGGAAGGAUGUGAAGUGGCUGCAGUCAAUUACUGUGUUACCUAUUCUAAUGAAAGGUGUACUCACUGCUGAAGAUACAAGGAUUGCCAUUCAAAACAAAAUAGCUGGGAUUAUAGUAUCCAAUCAUGGUGCUCGUCAGCUGGAUUACGUCCCAUCCACUAUCAUGGUCUUGGAAGAGGUUGUGAAAGCUGCACAAGGCCGAGUACCCAUAUUCUUGGACGGAGGGGUCCGUCGUGGAACAGAUGUCUUCAAGGCAUUAGCACUAGGAGCCUCUGGCAUCUUUAUUGGACGAUCCGUGGUUUUCUCGUUAGCUGCUGACGGGGAAGUCGGAGUUAGAAAGGUGCUCCAAAGGUUGCGGGACGAGUUUGAGUUGACUAUGGCAUUGAGCGGGUGCCGUUCGCUUAGUGAGAUCACCCGUGAUCACAUUAUUACCCGAUGGGAUGCUCCGAGGUUGUAGAGCAGAGAAUGUCGUUGAAAUCAUCAUAUUAUAUGUUGUUAAGGGCCCAUCUUUUUCUUGGAUCACUUGUUUAUAUGUUAUGCGAAUCUUGAAUAUGCCUAAAAUCAAUAUGAAUUUACAUGUCA